UGUUAAGCCAAAUUCAGUUUCAUAGAACUUAAAGAAUCAAGACUUAUUGAGUGAUAAUCGAUAUAUUAAGGUGAGAUGAGGUAACUGUUAUUUCCUGCUGCCGUUUAAUGGACUGUUACCUAGUGACAUUUCCGAUCGCGCAGGAUUUUGCACGCGCGCAGCAUCCUGCAGAAAAUCGAUGCAGCCUCCGCCGUGCGUUCUGUCCUUCCUCACUUUUUUGUAGUAAACACGAUGAGCUAGAUGAGAAACAAAGGGCUUUAUUGCCGAGCACAUUUUUAUAGAUAUUUAUAUAUUUGUUAUAUAAUAUACACGUUAUAGUUUUAUAUAAGUCAAGAUGCCCAUAGACCCGGAUCACACCUGCUCAAUUGACAACCUCACGGAUCAGUCCAUUCCCAUACCGAUUCAAAUAUUCCUGUGGAAGCAGGUCAUACCGUUCGUCAAAUCGAAAUUGGGAAAAGUUCACGAGACAUCAUGUUCGAUAUGUCAACAAAAUCCCGUCCAUCACGUGCUGAAGGAAUCAUGCAAGGUGUUCGAAAAGGUCCUCGUGCAGAAUAUCAUAACCGAUCUGAAACCCGAUCUUUCGGAGGCCUUCAAGAGUCUUCCUCGAUGGAGACUGAUCCAGGCGGCGUUGCCCUACGUGAUGCACUGCACCGCUUCGGUGUUAUUCAAUAGGAUGAAGGAUGGAAACAUACAGAUAUUGGGAGCGGUGGAGAGCAAACUUCUGUACACUCUCCAUUGGAUCCUGCUGGAUGCGGCUGAGGAAUGCUCGGAUGCAGACUUCGAGAAAGGAAUUUACCACACGUCGCCCUUCUAUUACCUAUUUUCGAUACCAACAAUGACGCUGUUUGUGUACUUGUUCGCACCGAUUUGUCAGAGCCUGAAGGAGUCGGAUUUCCAGAAUUUCCGUUUGGAGAAUGGUUUGAAGCUGUGGCAAGCGAUGUGGGAGUUCCGGCAUCCGGACGCUCCUUGCUUCACCACGCACUGCAAACCUAAACCUAAGGCUCUCAGCGGAAGAUUGGGAUUGAAGAAAGGACAGUACGGGGAUAUAUUUUGCGGCAAUUAA